AUGAGCGAUAACUGGAUUAAUCCGUUGAUUGGCAUUUGCAAUACGUCGAUUCUCGUCGCCAGCGGUUAUGUUUUGAUGUCGUGUGCUGCGAAAAAGGAAAAGGUGCAAAGUUUGGGGGGCUUUCGGUACAGCGAAGACCGACAAGAAUUCGUCGGCAUCCGAGAGAAGAACACGGAUUCAGGAGGUGACGGCGGUGAGAAGAAGAACUCGAAGGAGAAGGAGAAUAAGAAGAAGAGCAAGAUCCUUCCAGUGAAGGGUUCGGGAGAAGAAGAAGGUGAUGGUGGGAAGAAUGGUAAGAGUAAGGAAGAGGAUAAGGAGAAGGAAAAGGAGAAAUCGACGAAGAAGAAGAAGGAUGGAAGUAGUAAGAGUCGGAAGAUAAGAUUGAGUCUGGAGAAGUUGAAGGAUAAGAGUAAGAAGAGUAAGAAGGUUGUGGAGAAGAAGAAGGAGGAAGAGGAUGAGGAGGAUAAUGAGAAGCCACCGGAGCCCGGAAGUGAUCCAAGGAAGAUUUGGGCGUUUAAAGCGGCCAAAAUAAAAUGCCAAUCAAUCUGCAAACUGCAUCAAGACAAGAUCAAGGGUUACAUGCCACCGAACUGCACCUACACGGCCUACGAAGCGAAUCCGGAUCUCAAUCGCUACACGGAUGUUCGAUGCAUCGAAGAGACUCGUGUGAUCCUGAAGAAUCAUGAGAGAGACUACAUUCACGCCUCCUGGAUGAGAAUGCCUGGAAAAGAUCAAACGACAUAUAUCACGACUCAAGGACCACUUCCGGAGACGUUGGCCGAUUUUUGGCACAUGAUAUAUCAGGAGAAGAUUUCCUAUGUCUUGAUGUUGUGCACCCUGUUUGAAGGCGGCGUUGAGAAGUGUGUCCUUUAUUAUCCGGAGAAACUGGGAGAAGUUGUGAAGUUUGGAAGAUACGAGAUUACAUUGACGGAGUGUAAAGAGGAAGCGAUCGUUGGAACCAUUUGGAACGCGCUGACUGUGGUGGAUACUGCUGAUCCGGCGUCAGAGCCACUUUAUAUGAAUCAUGUGCAGGUCCCAUGGUGGCCCGACCAACUCGCUCCGGAAGACGCUCGUCCAAUGAUUGAGCUCUACAAAUGGGUGAAGAACGUGAAUCCGAAAGGAACCCCGAUUUGUGUUCAUUGUAGUGCAGGAGUGGGUAGAACUGCCACGUUUGUUGGAAUCGACUACGCGACGUUGCGUAUCAUGGAGAAUCCGAACAUUGAAAUGGUGGAAAUUGUUCGGGAGAUGCGUGCAAUGCGUUUCCAAGCCGUCCAAUCGCAUAUGCAGUUUUUGUUCCUUUACGUGGCACUUAUGCAGUACUUUAUUGAUGAUGGCGUCGUGGAGCUCAACGGACGUAUUGAAGCGUUUAUGACGCAGUACAAGAAGCAUGCGCAGAGAAAAUUGGCAAAACGAGCCGUUCAGAAUCGACAAGGGGAGAAGGCGGCUGCUGAGGAGAAGGAGAAGGGAGUGGCCAUCAAAGCAUAG